GAAAGUGAAGCUCAGCAGGCCUGUACUGUGCUGUGGUAUGGAGAGAGGAAGGAAGUGUACUGGAGGUCAUAAAAGUGGGAAUUUGACUGUUUUGUCAGGCUUCAUUUCAAAGGGAACAGUGAAUAAAACUUAGAUCAGGAAAGCAAAAAGGAGUUGCCCCGGGUGAUAACUUUUUCUCCUGCACUUUCCCCAGUGCUUUGCGCCGAGAAUUUCUUGCCGUUUCGGUGUACAGGAAAAUUUCUCAUUACACACCUUCGCCUUCUCAUCAAAGCCAGCUUCUUUGCAGAUUUCCAUCCACCUCUGUGGUAAGUGUAGAUACUACAAAGAGGAGAUGACCCACGUGAAGAAAGGAUUCUUGGCAAUCUUUACAGUGCUCUACUGCACAGUGAAUGCAGUUAAAUUUCUCGAUAUGGCCCCGAACGCUGUGGACAAUUUGUAUGAGGGUUGUGAGAAGGAGACCAUGGAGAAAUUAAUCCAUUCUGAUGUGCUAAGACAAGAGUUGAGAAAUAACACUGGCUUCCAGGAGGCAUGGAGCGAAAGAUGUUCCACGUUGCUCCCAGGAGGAGUGAAGGAACACACUUCAGCCCUAUUGGCCUACGCUAGCGGCAACCAAGCGUUCAAGAAGGCCUUCAACGACGAGGUGGAGACCAUGGGGGUCAAUGUCAGCACGUACGAGGACCACUUCCAUUAUAAGGCCCUGCACUUCCUGCUGAUGGACGCAAUGAGAUUGGCCUCACCGAAGAUAUGUAGAAAUGUUUACCGAGUUUCGGAAAGUCCAUACGAAAUUAAAAGAGACACCCGGGUGAGAUUUGGACGAUUCACCACGGUGCAGUCGGACUUGUCUCUGAAGGAGGACGUGGAGGGCAGCACCUAUUUCAACAUUACUACUUGCUUCUUCUUUAACCUUGAGGGCUUUUGUGGCCUGUCUGAGGACACCGCCAUCUUGUCACCCACUGAGGAGUUCACUGUGGAGGAUGUCAAGCAUGUAAUUGAUGGCGACUACACCGAAGUCAUUCUGAAUCACUCAAAACUAAAGGCUUCCGUCAACUGCUACUCUUUAUCACGGGCGCCAGCAGGCUAUAUCCCGCAGUGGCUUGUGAUGAUGCUCGUGUACUUUGUCCUUUUGGAGACGUUCAGCCAUGACUACCUUUGCUUAUGAACACAGAUCCUUUGACAAAUUUACUGUGACGUGUACCGCAGUGUAAGCUCAUAUACAUUGGCAUGCAAUAGCUUUUCCCUUUCUCAAAUUCUAGUAACUCCAAAGGUUUAGGACCAUGAAAGAAAUGUAGUUUUGUCUUCUGAUGGGAGUCAAAACUAGGCAUGCACUGGUUAUCGGUUUCAAGGUAUACUGUGGUAUGAAAACGUCAAGGUUUCAAAAACGCUAAAAUGUUCCGUCAUACCGUCCGUACGCUAUUAGCAAUUUUUAUGUCCCAUAUAUGCAGUGCUCACCCUACCCCCUCAAGUUGUUGCUCAGUGUCAGUGAGUCAGCUUUGUUACACGUUGGCUGGAGGACAUGAAACACCUGAACUUUUUCCCCCCAUCGAAGAAAACGAAGUCGCUGGUAUAGGAAUACUUAAAAGUUACAGACAGCCGCAGCUUAGGUGGGCCAACUGGCAUGAAAAACAUGUUUGCCAGGGGUGGCUACCAGAGAAGGCAAUAUCUCCAAUAUGAUUUCGCAUUUAUACAAAAUUAAAGGUUCGUAAUCACUGUCAUGAACGUUUCCCACUCGCUACGAAAGUUAACUCCAGCGUGUGCGCCAGUGUGUCUAGCAGUGGUAAAACAUACUGUAACGUAAGCUUUAGAGCUGUCAUUGCAAUACAGUGAG